UUUAAGGUGAUUGGAGGAAAGUACAGGGGAGAUUUUCAGAGAAUGUGUUGGGGAUUCCCCGCCGCCCACUCUGUGGAGCCGGUUGUCCGGAGUGUUCGCGCCGCUGAGUGUGGAGUGAUUCGGAGGUUGUUGAGGGGGACCAUCUCCACUCCAGCUGUGGAAGAAGUGAGGACCGAUGACUCGUUUCUGUUCCCGGAAAGACGCUGGUGCACAGUCAGGAAACGCCUAAGCCUAUUGGCUCGGUUGCUUUUUGCGGUUGUUCCCAGCAGAAUACAAGGGAGACUUGGCUUUCCUGUGGCAAGAGACCUGGGCCAAGGUGACAUUUCAGAUGAAAUCAGAAGAUCACCAAAUAAACCACAUGGCAAGGGGAGCAAAAGAAAGCAAGAUGACUUGGCUGAAGAAGAACUUUGCUGGAUGGAGUCUCUCUCAGAUGCUGAGGUAGUUGCCGAACCUGCUUGCGAGGUAUGAAUAAGGGGAAACUUUUUCCACAGAGGGUCACGAGUAUGGAACGAGCUGCCAGCACAAGUGGUGCAUGCGAGCUCAA